AUGGCACGCCGCAAAAUGGUUAGAAUUGUUAUAAAUAUUAAUAUGUCCAUGUACGUGUACGUGUGUCUUGCAAUACGUGUGUCUCGCAAUAGUAAUUCUUCUCGCUCUCGAGAUUCUCAACGUUCUCAAUCACAAGACUCCCUUCGUUCUCAACGUUCUCAAUCACAAGACUCCCUUCGUUCUCAACGUUCUCAAUCACAAAACUCUCGUCGUUCUCAUACGCGAGACUCUCGUCGUUCUCGUACGCGAGACUCUCGUCAUUCUCAUACGCGAGACUCUCGUCAUUCUCGUACGCGAGACUCUCGUCGUUCUCAUACGCGAGACUCUCGUCGUUCUCAUACGCGAGACUCUCGUCGUUCUCAUACGCAAGACUCUCGUCGUUCUCAUACGCAAGACUCUCGUCGUUCUCAUACGCAAGACUCUCGUCGUUCUCAUACGCGAGACUCUCGCCAAUAUCGAUCUCGUUCUCGAGGUCAAUCUCAGAGACGAAACUCCCAACGAUAUCGUUCUCGAAGUCGGUCCCAAUAUUAUCGAUCUCAUUCUAGCUCCCCCUCAAUAAGAGGGAGACCAUUGACAAGAGGAAAUCUUGGACAACAAGAGCAACAACCGCAACAACCAGGGAUUCAAGAAUUCUUAAAUGCGCUGUCGCAGCAACUCCAAUCAACCUUUCCAACCUUCCCAACCCUAUUAUCCAAUAUCCAAUCGUCUGGGAUUCCAAAUCGAUCCAGUGAAGACGUGUCAUCACCCGUCUUAAAAAGAAGAAGAAAUAGAAAAUUAUCUCCAAUGUCAAACAGUUUCAGAAAAACACUUCACGAUGAAGUUGUUCAAAUAUACAAUAGUUUGAAUACUAACUUGCACUUCGAUCUUUCGAAAACUUUCGGAAGUCAAAAGAAAACGUUGAACAAAAGACUUCUACCAGCGAUUAAGUCCGCCAUGAACCCAUCUCUGAAAGCUUACGAUACAGAGAUAAUGAAAGUAAUCAAGCAAUUACAUAAGAGCCGGCGAGAGAUUUGGAGAUUAAGACAGGAAGACGGACGAAUUGAGAAACAUAACAGAAAACAACAUAUUGCAUCAAGAAGAGAUCAGAAAUUAGGGAGGCGUCGGAAAGGACUGCUGCAUAUGGUCUCAACAAAAGAUAAAUUGUUGACCGAUUGUCACCCUUCGGGUGAUAUUUCUUGGAGCGAAUUUAUAAGAGAUUGUGAAACGGCUAUAAACACUCCUGAACUACAUUCAGACGAAUGUUCGUCGAAUGACGAAGAUAUUGCGCAAGAAGAGAGAGAUCAUAGACUAAGACCUGAAAAUAUACUAAGUACGAAUUCAGUGAUCAAAAUCUAUAACAAGGAAUGGAGAUCGACUAGAAUUAAAGAGAUUUUAUAUCGAGCCGAUGAAAUUGGUAUAGGAACCGGAACAGGACUAACUCGUGUUCGUCACCGUUCCGAUGCUUAUAUUGACAAUAAAAGCAAACCGAACGAUAAAAUGCCAAGAUGGUGGAUCUCUUCCGCCUGGGUCCCAUCAUCAGAAUCCGACGACGACGACGACGAUGUUAAUAAUGACAUCAUUAAUGAUGAUGAACAUAAUCGUGAUGAUUAA